UACAAAACGGGGGUUUAUUUACAGCGGGGGGGGGAUGGCAGAGCUAGAUGUAGCCGAUGACGUCGUUGCAGAUGAUGGGCUGGCGGCUGCGGCUGUUCAUGAGGGCGGUGAAGCGGUGGAAGUCCGUGGCCAGCUGGGCGAUGUUGCUGUGGGACUGGUGGAAGCAGGCUCCCUUGGGCUGCCCGCCCAGCCCCAGCGGGCACGACAGGCGCUUGGCGGGGUCGCGGCCCCCCGGCCGGCCUCCCUCGGCGCCGCGGGGCCGGGCCAUGCUGGCCAGCUUGCGGCGCACGUUGCCCGAGAGGCUGAGCAGGAAGGCGGGCGGUUUGCCCAGGCGGCGCGAGGGCUCGGUGGGGGGGCGGCGGCGGGGCUCGGCGCCCACCUCGGGCAGGUCCAUCCAGUUCUCCACCAGGUCGGCGAAGCAGUUGUCCCCCAGCACCAGCGGCUGCCGGUUGCGGCUCUGCGACAGCAGCGACACCGUCCAGUCCCUCCCGUCGGCCGGCUCCAGCGCCCGCCACUGCUCCAGCUGCCAAGCCAUGGGCGCGUACGGACACCUCACCUUCCUCCUCCUCCUCCUCCGUGCCCCAGGGACCUUUGUAAAGUCAGCAGCCCUGCCCGACCUGCCACGCACAGUGACACUGAGUGAGGAUGCUGCGCCAGGUGCCCGCGUGGCUGAGCUGGCUGUGUCCUGCAGCAAUGCCAGCAGCAGCCCCCAGGUCACGCUGCAGCGCGUCGAGUCCGGCGUCCCCACGGGCUCCAACGUCACCCCGCUCCACACCGAUCCCGGCCACCCCUUCAACCCCAUUGCGAUCAGCGCCGAUGGUGCGCCUCCUUCCACAUUUAGGGCAGAGGUGACGCUGCGUGCCGGCGCAGAGCUCGAUGCCCACCGGGUGAACUGGUACGCGCUGAUGCUGCGUGCUGCCUGUCCUGGCGAGCAGGAGGUGACAGGGCAGCUGUAUGUGCAGGUGACAUCGGGACAGGCGCUGCGAUGUGACUUGAAAUUUGCCAGCGCUGGUGGGGACGUGGUGUGGGUGUCGGCAAACGUGGCACCCCGUGCGCCCCUGUAUGCGGUGCGGGCGCAGCCACCGGGUGGGCUGAUGUUCCAGCUCAGAAACAGUGGCACACCACUCACUCUGACCCGUCAGGGCCUGGUGCUGGCGCCUGAUGGUGGCUUCAGCCCCAGCAAGGACACCCAGACAUUUAGGCUGGAGAUAGACGUGAUGGACCGGCGUGGGCAGAACUGCAGUGGGGCCGUGACAGUGGAAGUGCGGCCAUCGAGCCGUCCCCGUGUCACCAUCCUUGCCCCGCAGCAGGACGUGUUGGUGCCGGAGGGCAUCGGCCCCUUGGAAGUGGUCACGCAGGUCCGCGCCAGCGGGGACAACGUCCGCUAUGCCAUCCUCGCUCCCACAUCGCCAGCACUCUUCACCAUCGAUGAAAUGACGGGUGAGAUCCGCAGCACACGUCGGCUGGAGGUGGUCAGUGCACACCUCCUCGUCCGGGCGUACAACGCGCUGCAGCCCUCUGACCAGGACAGUGCUGUGCUCAAUGUCACCGUGCGGGGGACAGAGCAGCGGGCACCAUCCUGUGUGCCGGCCCUCUACACGUCCCAGGUGCGUGAGACUGUGUCCCCUGGCAGCCCGCUGGUGACACUGAGGUGCACCGACCCUGGUGGCGAUGAGGGGUCCCUGCGUUACAUGCUGGAGGGGCCACCAGGCUCUCGUUCCCACUUCCACAUGGAGGGGCCACAGCUGAAGGUCAACACCACCCUGGACUAUGACACCGAGGCAAUGGCUGCUGUGGGCUUCCAUCUGACGGCCACCAUCGUGGUGACAGCCGGGGGACAACCCCUGCGGAGCACCCGCGUACCCGUGCUCGUGACGGUGCUACCCGUCAAUGAAUUCACACCGGAGUGCCCCAAUGGCAUCGUCUUCACUGUGUCGGAGACAGCACCUUUUGGCAGCAGCGUGGGGCGCGUGGUCGGCACUGACCGUGACCACCCACCGGACAGCCUCGAGUACAGUCUGGAGGGGGGCACCGGCCCUGCACAGCCCUUCUCCAUUGAUGCACGCACCGGUGAGAUCCGUGUGGUGGGGCCCCUCGGCCCCCCCGCGGCGUGCUGGCUACCGGCUGACGGUGCGGCUGACAGACAGCCACAAUGACGUGGACCCGGGGAACCGGCGGAGCCGCCUGUGUGAUGUGGCCGUGCGCCUGCAGGCCGUGCCUCAGCGGGCACCGCUGUGCAACCCGGAGGUGCAGGAGCUGCGGAUCACAGCCGGCACAGGCAGCUGGCAGCCCGUCACCCGCCUGGUGUGCCGCGGGGACCCUGAGGGCACCACGAUGUCCUACG